AUGUCAGAGACGACCGAAUCCGAAGAAAUUCCAGUCUUUACUGAUGGAAGUCCAGAUUUGAUAGAAAAACUUGAUGACUUAAAAAGCCUUGGCGAGCUGAAAAUUGAAACUCCUGAGCCGCAGAAAUCGGUGGAAAAUGAAGUCGAAUCAUCAGAAAACCCAAUUGAACCGGAAGUUGCCGAAAUUGCGAGGCAGGAAAGUUUGAAGGAUGAAGCAGCGAGUACGACUGGCAGCGAAUCUAAUUUAGUCCAAAGUCACAGGUCCUCGCUACCUUCUCUUUCUGGGAUUCUUUCAACUUUCUCCGGUCGCGGUGAUUUCUGGUCGACAUCGUCGACUUCGCCUCAAGUUGAAAAGUCUGAUGGACCAGAUUAUCUUGGACAGCGUAGAAAUCUUUCCCUUGUUGCAAAAAUUGCUACUCGUGCGUUAAUUGACCCCUGUCUGGAAAAGUCGAUUAUCAUCGAGGAAAAUUACCCGCCAUUAGUCCAAUUUUUAACGGUUUUGGAACAAGUAUUACUUCAUGGCUGGAAGCAGAAGAUCUCGAUGUUCAAUAGAAAUAAAUCAUUCUGGGCAGCUUUUGACCACAAAGAAAUGGAAUCAGCUGUUCCAGAGCUCAAGGAUACGAAUAAAACCGUCAAAGACUUGCCGGGAAUCAAGACUGGCCUCGGACGAGCACGAGCUUUUCUCCGUCUUGCAUUGAUGCAGAAGAAGCUUCCAGACUAUCUCGAUGCUCUCCAGGCGAGCGACUCAAGCUUUCGUGCGGAUUUCUGGGAAGAUUGGGCUCUUCUAAGGCACGACGAAGCGCCGGAGAUCUUCGGUCAUAUGCAGGGACUGUCAAUCGUCGAAGCCAAUUUGGACCUGAAGGGCGUCAAUUUAGAUGGACAAGUUGGCGUGAUUGACUUCUCUCUCGUUGCCGCUGUUACUGAUGCAAGUUCAAAUGCGAAUACCAAUCAAUUAGAGAAAGAAAACAAAAGACUUUUGGACCAAAAGUCAUUCCUUGAAGAGCGCAACAGACAAUUAGAAGACCGGCUCAAGCUGCGAUCGGAUAAAUUGGACGUCACCGAUGAGACGAAAAACAAUCUUGAAAGCGAGCUAAAAGCUGCGAAAAUAACAAUUUCUAACCUUCAAGAAGAAUUAGCUUCUGUCAAACUUGGUGCUGAAUCAGAUUCGAAAGCUUUGAAUGAAAGUUUUGCCGUUCAAAAAAGCGGAUUCAAGGCAAAAACAGAAGAGCUAAGUGGCGAAAUCGACGAUUUCAAGAAGAGAUAUUCAGUUCUUGAAAACCAAAUGAAACUGGAGACGCAAGAACGACUCGAACUUGAGAAGAUGCUUGAAAACGAAAUAAAAAACAAGCAACAGCUAGAGUUGGGCAUUCGUAUGCUGGAACGAGACGCUUACGAAAAGCAAGAUACUCUUGAGCAAUUGCAAAAACAGCUCGAGGAUACUCGUUCUAUCAACCAGCGAUUGUUUGACGAAGUUCGCGAGAAAAACGACAAAGAACGGGAGCGUCUUCGCAAACUUGAAGAGUCAAAGGCAGCCAUUUCCGCUCUAAGAUCAGAAAACGAAAACAUUUUUACUGAACACGAGAAGCUGAAGAUCCAGGAAGCUGAUGCGUCUGACAUGAAACUUCGACUUGAGUCUGAAAUCGACGAUAUGAUAGUUCAACUUCUAAAAUACGAAUCAGAUCUAAAUCAAGAAACUGACCGACGGAAGAUCGCUGAAAACGAAGCUAAAGCUGCUAAAAUGGUGGCAGAGAAUCUGUUGAAGGAAUCCCAAAAGUUUAUAACGCGUGGACUAAGUUGA